UGCGCGCGCGGAGCAUGCAGAGCUAGAGCUCGGUUUUGAGUCUGCCCGCGCGGUCCCCAGGGCGGGGGCCGGGGGCGGCCUGAGCUGCCAGGGGUCGCGUGCUCCCGGGGCUCAGAGCUGCAGAUCUCGGAUGUACCGCGCGCCACAGGUGCCCAAGCGUCCCCGCAAAGGAGUCCAGGCCUGGGGGGAGGGGGCGCUGUGGGUUGCCGCCGACGUCAGCCAGCCAAGAUGCUCAGAUUUAUAGGUGGGACUUACACUUGUGACUUAAUCUUUUGAAGCCUCAGUUUUGUCAUCUGUAGAAUGGACAUAAUGGAAGCUACCUCACAGGACUGCUGAGAAGAUUAAAUGAGACAAUGCUUGUAGAGCUCUUUGCAGGAGGGAGACCUGGAGGCAGGGACUGGCAGGCAGAGCACACCUGCUGUCACCCAGGACCAUGAGCAGCGUGAAGACCCCGGUGGAGCUGGCCGUCAGUGGGAUGCAGACCCUCCACGUUCAGCACCGCUGCCGGGGCAGCUGCCGGGUCAAGGUUAGGCCAUCAUACGUGGAUGAGACUUUGUUUGGCAGUCCUGCAGGCACCCAGCCCACACCACCAGUCUUUGACCCACCGUGGGUGGGGAAGGCCAACAGAACCAGAGGAGUGGGUACAGGGGCGUCACAGGCCUCAGGGGCCAACGGGAGCUGUGAGACUACCUCCUCCAGGGACAAGACCCUGACCCUCGCACCAAGGAAGAAGAGCAAAUACAGACUGAUUGGCCACACUCCUUCUUACUGCGAUGAGUCGCUCUUUGGCUCCCGACCUGAGGGCGCCGGCUGGGAGGCCCCGUGGAUGGCGAAGGGGGAUGCUGCAAAGCUCCAUGCCCUCUUCUGGACACCCCCAGCUACCCCUAGGGGCAGCCACUCACCCCGCCCCAGGGAGACUCCAGUGCGAGCCAUUCACCCAGCUGGUCCCUUGAAGACAGAGCGCAGGGUGGUGGCAGACUCCCGGAGGUUGUCCGUGGAUGGGUUAGACUCUCCACGCCCUCCGAGGCGGGAGCGUUCUUAUUCCCUCACCCACCUUAAUGUCCCCAGCACAAGUCACCCACCCACCAGUACCCCCUGCACAAAUGGGCCUCGAGAUCCCAGACCUUCGCCGUCAGGAGUGACCUUCCGGAGCCCCCUGGUGACUCCCAGGGCUCAUUCAGUCAGUGUUUCAGUGCCAGUUACCCCCCGACAAGGCGGAGCCACCCAGAAACCAAAGCCGCCUUGGAAAUGAAUUUCUUGGUCCUUUCUGCAGGUUUGCCCAUGGGGUCACAGCAAAGGGCAGAGUUUCAGAGGAUGGCACUGGUGGGCAGGCCUUUGGGGAGACCACCAGGCAUUGGCAAAGCACUCCUGGGGGCAGACAGAGCGAGGGCGGGCAGUGCCGCCCUUUCUUCUGACAACCUCUGGUUGCUCCCUGCUUUUGCCACUGAUGUGGAUAUGAGGGCUGCCUCUUGAGAUCCCUGUUGCAAGUUCUGUCAUAGCCACACAACAUAUCAGUGCCAACCCAGGGGUGUCCCCCGGGAGGGUCCCCCCACCCCUCCAUCACACCCACAACAUUGUCUCGCCAUCAAGUGUGAAUAAAUGGUAUGAUGGCCAACCCGGAGGGUUCCUUCUCCCUCCCUUCAAGCCAAGCUCCUGCUCAGGAUGAGUUUCCAGCUGAGUCUGGAUGCCUCAGGAAUUUUCCCAGGCACAGUAUGUGGACCAGCAGGGAACACAAGGUGAUAUGUGGGUGGACAUUUAAAAUUUUAAUAGUCAUGUAUUUAUUUUCAUGUAUUAAAUAUAUCAGUAGCUCAUCGAA